AUGCGUGGCGUCCUCCUCACCGUCCUCGCCCUCGUCGCCGCCUCUGUCGCGCAGGCCCCCGCCGAACCCUACACCGGUCCCUGUAGCGACGACGCCUGCGGCGUUGAGAGCGAGAACUGCGAAGUCCAGGGCCGACAGUGCUUCCCUUUCCCCAACAUCGCCCCGGCGCUUCGCGAGGGCUGUGUCUGCGGCUCCGGCUAG